UCCGACCUUCACUCCCAUUCACUCUCUCUCUCUCUUGUUCCAUUGUUAUAGUAGCUCCGUUACCUCCAUGCACUCUCAUGCCCUCACACUUCCACUCACACACACACACAUUCAUCCAUGGCUGCUUCCGGCAUCAGUUGGGAGGAACUCAAGAAGGAGAACGUCGAUCUCGAGACUGUUCCAGUCGAUGAGGUAUUCGAAACGUUGAAAUGUACAAAAGCGGGAUUGACGACUGAAGAAGGGAACAGGAGGCUUGCUGCUUUUGGCCCUAACAAGCUAGAAGAGAAGCAUGAAAGUAAGCUUCUCAAGUUCUUAGGGUUCAUGUGGAAUCCAUUGUCAUGGGUCAUGGAAGCCGCUGCAAUCAUGGCUAUCGUCUUGGCCAAUGGAGGGGGAAAGCCUCCGGAUUGGCAAGAUUUUGUUGGUAUCACAACAUUGCUGAUAAUCAACUCCACCAUUAGUUUCAUCGAGGAAAACAACGCAGGUAACGCUGCAGCGGCUUUAAUGGCGGGUCUUGCUCCGAAAACUAAGGUCAUAAGGGACGGGAAAUGGGAUGAACAAGACGCGGCUAUUUUAGUACCCGGGGAUGUGAUUAGUGUCAAAUUGGGAGAUAUUAUUCCAGCCGAUGCGCGCCUUCUUGAAGGAGAUCCACUUAAGAUUGAUCAAUCUGCGUUGACCGGUGAAUCGUUGCCUGUGACCAAACAUCCGGGUCAAAGUGUGUAUUCCGGGUCAACAUGCAAACAAGGUGAAAUCGAAGCGGUUGUUAUCGCUACUGGGGUCCACACUUUCUUCGGGAAGGCUGCUCACUUAGUAGAUAGUACAAAUCAAGUUGGCCAUUUCCAAAAGGUGUUGACCUCUAUUGGAAACUUCUGCAUAUGCUCCAUUGCCAUUGGUCUCAUAAUCGAAAUAGUGGUGAUGUACCCGAUUCAGAAACGCUCAUACAGAAACGGAAUCGACAAUCUAUUGGUUCUACUCAUCGGAGGGAUCCCAAUCGCCAUGCCAACUGUUUUGUCAGUCACCAUGGCUAUCGGGUCCCACAAGUUGUCGGAACAAGGUGCAAUCACCAAGAGAAUGACCGCCAUUGAGGAAAUGGCGGGCAUGGAUGUUUUGUGUAGUGACAAAACUGGUACUCUUACGCUUAACAAACUCACAGUCGACAAAACGCUCAUUGAGGUUUUCGCAAAGGAUGUUGAUAAGGAUCAAGUGGUUCUAUUGGGAGCCAGGGCUUCAAGAGUUGAGAAUCAAGACGCGAUUGAUGCGUGCAUUGUAGGAAUGCUUUCGGAUCCUAAAGAGGCACGAGCGGGGAUCACUGAGGUGCAUUUUCUGCCUUUCAAUCCUGUAGACAAACGAACAGCAAUAACGUACAUAGAUCAAAGCGGAAAUUGGCACAGAGUGAGCAAAGGUGCACCUGAGCAGAUUGUGGAGCUAUGCAACCAAAAGGAUGAGGAUAAGAAAAAAGUGUUUUCGAUCAUUGAUAAAUUUGCCGAACGUGGUCUACGGUCUCUUGCUGUUUGCCAACAAGCGGUACCAGAGAAAACAAAGGAGAGCCCGGGAGGCCCGUGGGUGUUCGUGGGCUUACUGCCACUAUUUGACCCACCAAGGCAUGACAGUGCGGAAACCAUUCGACGGGCCCUGCACCUUGGAGUCAAUGUCAAGAUGAUCACUGGUGAUCAGUUAGCCAUUGGGAAAGAAACAGGUCGCAGGCUCGGUAUGGGAACAAAUAUGUAUCCCUCUUCUUCACUUCUUGGCCAAAGCAAAGAUUCUUCUAUUGCGGAUAUACCGAUAGAGGAACUAAUCGAGAAGGCUGACGGUUUUGCUGGAGUCUUCCCCGAACACAAAUACGAGAUUGUGAGGAAACUACAAGAGCGAAAGCAUAUAUGCGGAAUGACAGGAGAUGGUGUGAACGAUGCACCCGCAUUGAAACGGGCCGACAUUGGUAUAGCGGUCGCUGAUGCAACAGAUGCAGCUCGUGGUGCAUCCGAUAUAGUUUUAACUGAGCCUGGGCUCAGUGUGAUUGUAAGCGCGGUUUUGACCAGCAGGGCCAUCUUUCAGAGGAUGAAAAAUUACACCAUUUAUGCAGUUUCGAUCACCAUCCGUAUCGUGAUCGGGUUCAUGCUGAUUGCGCUUAUCUGGCAAUUCGAUUUCUCGCCGUUUAUGGUUUUGAUUAUUGCAAUCCUCAAUGAUGGAACCAUUAUGACUAUUUCUAAAGAUAAAGUCAAACCUUCACCUCUGCCGGAUUCAUGGAAAUUGAAAGAAAUCUUUGCAACUGGUAUUGUUCUUGGGACCUAUUUGGCGGUUACGACCGUUAUUUUCUUCUGGUUGGCGAAAGAAUCCGACUUCUUUACUGAGAAAUUUGGCGUGAAACCGAUCAAAGACGAAGAAUUUGAGCUUAUGUCAGCUCUUUACCUUCAAGUCAGCAUCAUCAGUCAGGCACUCAUUUUCGUUACAAGAUCACGAAGCUGGUCGUUCGUUGAACGCCCCGGUCUUUUACUCCUCACCGCCUUUUUUAUAGCUCAGCUGAUUGCUACUUUAAUUGCUGUCUACGCGAAUUGGGAUUUCGCAAGAGUCCAUGGAAUCGGCUGGGGUUGGGCCGGUGUGAUUUGGCUUUAUAGCAUAAUCAUCUAUUUCCCGUUAGACAUUUUCAAAUUCAUCAUCCGUUACAGUUUAAGCGGCAAGGCUUGGGACAGUAUGAUCGAAAAGAGGACCGCUUUCACCUCAAAGAAGGACUAUGGGCGCGGAGAGAGGGAAGCCCAAUGGGCCACGCACCAACGCACCUUGCAUGGUCUCCAAGCACCAAAUGCAAACGAUAUCUUGAACGACAAGAGCGACUAUAGGGAGUUGUCGGAACUAGCAGAACAAGCAAAGAGGCGGGCCGAGGUUGCUAGGUUAAGGGAGCUCCACACACUUAAAGGGCAUGUUGAGUCAGUGGUGAAGCUCAAGGGCCUCGAUAUUGAAACGAUCCAACAACACUACACCGUUUAAAGUCACCAAUAAAACACAUUUUUGGAGAAAAAAGACAUAAAAUAAGAAGUUAGGAAAGCAUGAUUUUGAGAAGGUAUGUUUUUCAUGGAAGAUCAUCACCAUAACCAUAACCAUAACCAAGGUGCGGGAAUAAGCUGACGAACGAGAUCGGGCCGAUCCGUAGUUAGGCAAAAAACAAUGUGUUGUUCUCUACUUGAAUCUCGUAUUCUUUAUUCAAUUAUAACAUUGUAUUCGACUUUUCAGUUGUUCAAUUAUUUAAUCUCAAGUUUAUUCGUUGAAUGUCA